AUGGCGAAAGCUAAGGCUACUUCGAAAUCUGCGGCUGGAAGCUCGGGUGAAAAGAAAACCCAGAAGAAGGAGGAGAAAAAAUCAGCAACCGCUGCAACAGCGUCAAAGGUUACUAAGCCUGGUUCAUCAAAGAAGCCAGCACCAGCACCCAAAACUGCAGCCACUAAAGCUGCAGCUAAACCGGCAGCGAAGCCAGUUGCUAAGCCAGCAGCCAAGCCUGUGACUGCCAAGCCCAAGGUAGUUAAACAUGCUGCCAAAAAAAUCCCCAAGGGAGGAAAGGCUGCGCCUUUGCAAAAGGCUCUGAAGACCCAAAAGAAGGUUUUGAAGGGUGUUCAUGGAUCCCGUGUCCGUAAGAUCCGUACCUCGGUACACUUCCACAGGCCGAAGACUUUCAGACCGCCAAGAAACCCCAAGUACCCCAGGAAGUCGGUUCCUAACAGAAACCGCAUGGAUGCUUACAAUGUCAUCAAGUUCCCGUUGACAACGGAAGCUGCGAUGAAAAAAAUCGAAGACAACAACACCCUGGUCUUCAUUGUUCACACGAAAGCCAACAAACACCACAUCAAGGCCUCCGUGAAAAAGUUGUACGACAUCGACGUCGCAAAAGUAAAUACUUUGAUCAGACCCGAUGGAAUUAAGAAGGCUUACGUCCGUCUCGCCCGUUUGAUGAAAGGUUUAAAAACUCAAAACAAAAUGUCAAGUAGCUCAAAAAAAAUUAGAACUUCUGUUCAUUUUAAUACACCAAAAACUUCACAGCCGCCAAGAAAUCCAAAAUAUCCUAGCAAAUUAAUUCCUAUUCGCAACAAACUUGACUCUUACAAUGUAAUUAAAUACCCAGUAACAACGGAGUCAGCGAUGAAAAAAAUAGAAGAUAGCAAUACCUUGGUCUUCAUUGUGAACCGCCAGGCGAAUAAAAAUCACAUCGAAUCAUCGGUCAAAAAAUUGUAUAACGUCAGCGUAGCUGCUAUUAAUGUUACUAAUUCACCAGGAGGUGACAAGAAAGCCUACGUACGUCUAACAGAGGAACACGACGCCCUGGACGUCGCCAACAAGAUUGCGGCUGGAAGCUCGGCUGAAAAGAAAACCCAGAAGAAGGAGGAGAAAAAACCAGCGACCGCUGCAACAGCGUCAAAGGUUACUAAGCCUGGUUCAUCAAAGAAACCAGCACCAGCACCCAAAACUGCAGCCACUAAAGCUGCAGCUAAACCGGCAGCGAAGCCAGUUGCUAAGCCAGCAGCCAAGCCUGUGACUGCCAAGCCCAAGGUAGUUAAACAUGCUGCCAAAAAAAUCCCCAAGGGAGGAAAGGCAGCGCCUUUGCAAAAGGCUCUGAAGACCCAGAAGAAGGUUUUGAAGGGUGUUCAUGGAUCCCGUGUCCGUAAGAUCCGUACCUCGGUACACUUCCACAGGCCGAAGACUUUCAGACCGCCAAGAAACCCCAAGUACCCCAGGAAGUCGGUUCCUAACAGAAACCGCAUGGAUGCUUACAAUGUCAUCAAGUUCCCGUUGACAACGGAAGCUGCGAUGAAGAAAAUCGAAGACAACAACACCCUGGUCUUCAUUGUUCACACGAAAGCCAACAAACACCACAUCAAGGCCUCCGUGAAAAAGUUGUACGACAUCGACGUCGCAAAAGUAAAUACUUUGAUCAGACCCGAUGGAAUUAAGAAGGCUUACGUCCGUCUCGCCCGUGACUACGACGCACUGGAUGUUGCCAACAAAAUCGGCAUCAUAUAAGUCUUUUUUCUU